AUCUCGCUACUUCUAGUAGAGGAAACAGGAUAUUUUCAGACGACAGAUCCUAUUUUCUGUACAUUGAGGCCACCGCGUGCAAACAGGGGCAAGUCUGGCGACCUUGGCCUUUACAAGAUCCGGGGAGAGGGAAAUGAACGUUGUACCAGUUUUGUUCGACAAGUUUAAAAGCUGAUUCGUAUCGACAUAGUCUACCCACCGAGCAAUUCCACCAGAUAUUCAGCCGACACCUACAGCAGCUGAUACCCCUCACCAAGAUGUAUCGGGUUCUCGCGUGUUUUGUGGCACUGUGUGUUCUCCAGCCCAGCUGUGGCGCGCCUACUGCCGUCAACAGCGACGUCCAAAAACUGACCAAAGCCUCGGCGCUCUUCUCCCUGCAGCUGUACAGACACGUGGCGCUGGACCGUCCGACGGCCAUCUACUCACCCUUGAGUGCCCACACGUGCCUGACCAUGACCUCCAUGGGGGCCAGAGGUCAAACCGCCAGUGAGAUGAAAAACACUUUGCAGUUGAACGAUGUACAGGCUCCACAUGCGGCUUACAAAACUUUACUACACGAUCUAAACACGGUGCAAAACGUUCAACUGUCAGUGGCCAAUGGGAUAUGGGUGAAUCCAUCCUACCCUGUUAAAUCGACUUUUACGAUGGAAGCGGCUGAAAAUUACAACGCUACCUCUGAGAACUUCGACCUGAGCGCCAAUGGCGGACCGGAAGCUCCCAUCAACGCCUGGAUAGCCAACAGAACCGUGAACAAGAUCCGGUCAGUCCUCCAGCCUGGUGCCAUCAACGGCGCCACGCUCAUGGUCCUGGUCAACACCGUCUACUUCAACGGCGUCUGGGAGUCAAAGUUCAAGACGCCGGCCACACAGAAGGCCAACUUCUACAAGUCGGACGGCUCCGUGGCACAGGUAGACAUGAUGUCUCAGGUUGGAAGAUUCCAGAUCAGACAGUCAGCCAUGCCUGGUGUUGACAUGGUCAAAAUUCCGUUCCAGAAUACAAGAUUCGCUUUUUACGUCGCUUUACCUAGAUCCGUUUCCGGUUUACCGGAUUUAGAAUCACGGCUAACAUCCGGUAACAUGGUGGAUUUAAACAACCUAUUCACUAACUUCACCGCGGGAUUGGUGGAGUUAUACCUGCCUAAGUUUAACCACAGCGCUACCAUGAACCUCAACAACCCGUUAAAAUCUAUGGGAAUGCCUACCGCAUUCAGCAGCGCGGCCAACUUUUCGGGAAUUACCGAUCAGCCUGUGUUGAUAUCCAGUGUGAUCCAGAAAGCGACCAUCGAGGUCAUGGAGACGGGGACAGUAGCGGCAGCGGCGACCGUUGUCCAGAUGUCCAGAUCUAGCGCCUUCAGGCCCCCGACAGAAAGGACCGUGUUUAGAGCUGACCACGCCUUCUGCUACUUUCUGAGAGACGAUUUGACCGGAUUGAUUUUGUUCCAGGGAAAGUUUACAAACCCGGAUAUCACAACUGUCAACACCAGCUAGAACCUGGGUUGUUUUUGUUUUUUUACUUUUGUAUUUAUUUACAUUAACUUAUACAUCUGUGAGACAUGUGUAUAAGUUCAAUUCAUAAUAAACACCAAUAAAAUGUUA